GAUGACAUGUCCUCGGGUCUGCCGGUAAAAGCCUGGCGUCUUAGCAGGGAUGUCCAUUCACCCUAAAGUCGUUGAGAAAGAAGGAGAGAGCCUGUCCGCGUAUAACGGUCCGUACGGUUCGCGCAGCUGGAGCUGACUCCUGUAAUCUGUCAGUCACUUUACCUGAUUAGUCCUAGUUUCUAGUUUUAGUUUUACUUUUGGUUCCAUCUAUGCGCGUAGUGGAGGCGGUGAGACGGAGCACUGAAGGAUUUCUCGCACAACGGUCGCGCGCGCACGAGGGAAAGUCACCGAAGUGAGCGCUGCUUUGGGACGUUUAACGCGCGUCGCACGCACAGCGGCUGAAGCCGGGCGCGUCGAGAGGCGGCCGCGCGUGGCGACGGGGCGACAGAUGUGACGAGGAGACGACAGCGUGUGACUAAACCGACGAGCGCACAGACGAGGCUCAGCAGAGCGGAGCGUCGCAGUGAAGAUUGGGGAGUUUGAGUAUUUGUGGACGCACCGUGGCGCACAAAUGGUGUUUCUGUGGGACGCGAAAUACGACCCAGCCCCUGGCCGGCGCUACACUCCUCCCUCCACUACCCUCGCCUCAGGAGGGAAGAUGGCCGAGGCGCUGCCACUGGGCGCUCAGGAGGCCGGUGGCGGAGCCGCCCUGGUGAGCAAACUGCACAUGGUGGACCGCAGCAUGGUGGAGGUGAUCUCGGACCAUCCUGGUGAGCUGGUGAAGACAGACAGUCCCAACUUCCUCUGCUCGGUGCUGCCGACUCACUGGAGGUGUAACAAGACUCUGCCCAUCGCCUUUAAGGUCGCUGCCCUAAGCGACAUCCCUGAUGGCACAUUGGUGACAGUGAUGGCGGGAAACGAUGAGAACUUCUCAGCAGAGCUUCGCAACGCAACGGCAGCCAUCAAGAACCAAGUGGCACGAUUCAAUGACCUCCGCUUUGUUGGCCGCAGCGGAAGAGGGAAGAGCUUCACUCUGACCAUCACAGUGUUCACCAACCCCCCUCAGGUGGCCACGUACCAGAGAGCCAUAAAAAUUACAGUCGACGGACCGAGAGAGCCACGACGUCAUCGUCAGAAGAUAGACGAAGGCAAACCCGGCUCCCUGGCGUUUUCAGAGAGACUAACGGAGCUGGAGCAGCUGAGGCGCAGCACAAUGAGGGUGACCCCUCCUCACCAUCAUCACCACCACCAGCCUUCAGCUAACAGUCGCCAGUCUGCAGGCCUCAACUCCGCUCCGUUCUCCAGCCCCACGCACACUCAGAUAACAGCUGAUUCCAGACAGAUGCAGCCAUCCCCAUCUUGGUCAUAUGACCAAUCAUAUCCUUAUCUUGGCCAAAUACCUACGCCCACCGUGCACUCGGCCAAUCCCCUUUCACCCGGACGCUCUUCACUUGGUGACUUGUCCUCACGACUUACAGGUCCUGACCUUACAGCCUUCAGCGACCCCAGGAUGACCUUAGAACGGCCUUUCACAUCUCUCCCCUCUCUGCCUGAUUCACGCUUCUCUGACCCUCGUGUUCACUACCCUACUACUGCAGCUGCAUUCACCUACACCCCAUCACACAACCCCGUUUCCAACAGUGCCCUUGGCAUCACAAUGGCGACAGCCAUGGCGAGCACCCCUGCGGGGAGGUACCACACCUACCUGCCUCCCCCCUACCCUGCAAACACCCCUCACCAAGCUCAGAAUGGGCCUUUUCAAUCCACCUCGUCACCAUAUCACUUGUAUUACUCCACCACUGCUGGAUCGUACCAGUUCUCCAUGAUGGCUGGAGGAGGAGGCGGAGGCAGCGAUUCACGCUCUCCACCCAGAAUCCUGCCGCCAUGCACCAAUGCCUCCACAGGCUCAUCCCUUCUGCACCCCUCUCUGCCCAGUCAGAAUGAUGGGGUGGGCGUAGAAGUGGAGUCCAGCCACAGCAGCUCCCCAACAAACAUGGCUGCUGAAGCUGUCUGGAGACCAUACUGAACCCACUGAGGUGUAGGUGCACUGAAUACUGUGCAGUGGCUGGCACGUCCUGGUCAUGUGAUUGCAGACCCUGAAUAAUAUUAGGCACACAAAUACACACCAAUCUAAAUGCUUAAAGAAUGUUGAGAGUUGAUAAAUCAUAACACUGUAGAGGUUUGGAGGGAUGUUCAUACACUUGACGAGUGUUUGAUGAUCCAUAAUUCAACUGUGAGUGCUUGUUAUAUUGUUUAUUGAAGAAUAUGUAUCUUCAUUAUUCUCACCAGCAAAACCAACUAAACCAACUUAGAAACCUAUAGAAAAGCCAACUCAUUCUUAGAAAGUUUGAAGGCUAAACUGCCUAUAUAACAAGCACUAGCACCAUUCAAAGGCCUCUAAUGUGAGUUAAAAAGGGUUAACAACCAUGCAAUAAGUAAAGUAAACCUCUAGUUCUCCAUGACAUUUAACAGUAAGGAUGGUUUGGUAUGUCUAGCACUGUAUUCCCAAUAUUGGUCAUUAAUGAUGUUUUCCUUCUAGUUUAUUAUUGUGUUUAUAUAAAACCUUUAGUGUAUGUCAUCACAUGACCAAGACGCAGAUAAGUGCACCCAAUUGAAAUUUGGCUACUGAUGAAUAGCAAUGGUGGAUGUAAAACAAGCACAAUAACUGACAGGUGCUUUUGGCUGAUUGUGUGAGACACAGGACUCCAAAGAGGAAUGUCUGCAUAAUAAAGGACCUAACCACAGAAGAGUGGUGAAGGUUUGGUUUUACAAUGACACGGUGAGACCAGCAGCACUAGACUGAUCCUAGUCCAGCUACUUUUGUAAAAUAACAGGACUUUUUCAUCAUAAAUGCUGUUGCUUGCUCAUGCCAAAUAAUGUGGUGGCCUGUUUGUUUACCUCCUCUGCUCUAAGCAAAUUUGUUUUGUACCAUUGUCACUCCUUUAAUCAUCAGUUGAAUAGAAGAGUCAAAUCCGUCCAGUCCUAAGUUAAAAUGGAAACAUGAUGAGGAAAGUGGAUUUUAUGAUCUAAGCAAGCAAAUCUGGGCAUAAACUUAAUCUGAUUUCUGAACCCAGAGAAAUGCUGAUUAUGGUUAUUGACAUAAAAACGCAGCUUCCUAUAGUUUGACUUUAGAGAUUUUGUCUCUGCACUGAGAAAUCAUGAAGUUAUUACAGCAUGAUGUUUGCAAAAUGUAUUUAUUUAUUUUUAAGAUACCAUGUUUGGUAAUAUUUCAUGUUUGUUUGUGUGUGUGUGUGUGUGUGUGUGUGUGUGUGUGUGUGUGUGUGUGUGUGUGUGUGUGUGUGUGUGUGUGCACGUGUGCGCAUGUGUCACGCUUACCGAUGGCCCACUGUUUAGUUGUACUGUAUAUAGUCAAGCCUGUAAAUAAAUAACUUGCAUUUGA